AUGGCUUCCCCCCAAGAAUCAGAUGAGCUUGUCUUUUUUGUGAAUGGCAGGAAGGUAACAGAGAAGCAGGCAGAUCCUGAAGAAUUGCUCCUGUUUUAUCUAAGAAAGAGGCUCUGUCUCUCAGGAACAAAAUAUGGCUGUGGAAUAGGAGGUUGUGGUGCCUGCACUGUGAUGAUAUCCACAUACGACCCAGUUGCCAAGCAGAUACGGCAUCAUCCUACCAAUUCCUGCCUGCGACCCAUCUGCUCACUGCACAGGGCUGCUGUCACCACAGUGGAAGGGGUUGGAAGCACUAAAACCAGGAUUCAUCCAAUUCAGGAAAGGCUGGCAAAAUGCCACAGCUCCUAGUGUGGCUUCUGCACCCUGGGAAUGGUGAUGUCCAUUUAUUCUUUACUGAGAAAUCAUCCAAAACCUUCCAUGGAACAGAUCAUUUCUGCUCUGGAUGGUAAUUUGUGCCGUUGUACAGGAUACAGGCCAAUUAUACACAGCUAUGCAUCUUUUGCUGUGGAGCCCAAGCCUUGCCAACUCAGAGGAACUGGACAGUGUUGCUUCGAUUAGGAAGAACAUGUGGAAUCAUCUUCUACAGGAGGUCAGAUGUGUUCAGGUCUUUGCAAUCCAAAAGAAUUCCAGCCCAUCGAUCCAACACAAGAAUUUAUAUUUCCUCCUGAACUAAUGAGAAUGGCUCAAGAGCAGCAAAAAACCCCUCUGAUUUUCUGUGGCAAGAUAACAACGUGGAUUUCUUCCUCUGGCCUGAAGGAGCUUCUGGAACUGAAAGCCAAGCAUCCAAAGGCACUUUUGGUUCUGGGGAACACCAGUGUAGGACUCAACAAAAAUGUCAGUGCUGUCUCCCAUCCACUCAUUCUUUAUCCUGUUAGGAUUCCAGAAAUGUAUGUUGUGAGUAGGACAGAUGAUGGGCUAGUAAUAGGAGCUGCCUGCAGCCUGGCCCAGCUUAGAGACAUCCUGAUGGAGACAAUCCCAAAAGUACCAGAGGAGAAAACAAAGGUUUUUCAAGCUCUUUUGCAGCAGCUGAGAACUCUAGCUGGAGAACAGAUCAGAAGCACAGCUUCUUUAGGAGGACACAUUGUAAGCAGGGGAUCAGCUUGGGAUUUGAACCCAAUCUUAUCUGUUGGCAAAUCAGUCCUCAACUUGGAAUCAGCAGAUGGCAAACGACAGAUUCUUUUAAGUGGUGAGUUUCUUGCUGGCUAUGAGCAUGCAGACAUUAAGCCAAAGGAGGUCAUUGUCUCUGUUCUCAUCCCAUAUUCUAAGAAGGAUGACUUUAUUUCAGCCUUCAGACAGGCUGAAUGUCGGAAAAAUGCUUUUUCCGUAGUGAAUUCUGGAAUGCGUGUCCUCUUCAGUCCAGGCACAGACACCAUUGAAGAUCUGAGUAUUUUAUAUGGAGGCAUUAGCUCAACUACAAUCAGUGCAAGAAAAUCUUGUGAGAAACUUAUAGGAAGGUAUUGGAAUGAUGAGUUCCUGAGCGAAGCUUGCAAGCUGGUGCUUGAGGAAAUUUCUCCUUCUACAUCACCUGUGGGUGGGAAAGUCAAAUACAGAUGGACUCUGGUUGUCAGCUUCCUUUUCAGAUUUUACCUGGAAGUAUUAAAUGGUUUACAUCAGAUGUAUCCCAGCAAGUAUGCUAAACUCUCCGAGAAGCAGAAGAGUGCCUUGGGAGCGCUACAAAGCGAUGUUCCUCAGGGGGUCCAAGUCUACCAGGAUGUUGACCCGGGACAGUCGCCACAGGAUCCUGUGGGACAUCCCGUCAUGCACCAGUCUGGCGUUAAGCACGCCACUGGUGAAACACUUUACGUGGACGACAUUCGUCACGUUGGUGGAGAACUUGCCCUGGCUGUGGUCACCAGGGCUAAAGCCCAUGCAAAGAUCACCUCCUUUGAUGCAUCAGAGGCCCUUCAGGUGCCAGGAGUAGUUGAUGUGGUGACAGCAAAAGACAUUCCAGGGAAAAACGGCAAUGAUGAGAAGGCAUUUGCAGAAGACGAGGUGAUCUGUGUUGGUCAGAUAAUCUGUGCUGUGGUUGCAGAGUCACUGACUCAGACAAAGCAAGGUGCUGAAAAGGUGAAGAUAGUGUAUAAAGACCUGGAGCCAAUUCUGUCCAUUAAGGAUGCAGUAGAACAUAGUUCAUAGAUUACUGAAGAAAGAAAACUAGAAAAAGGAAAUAUUGAGAAAGGAUUUAAAUCUGCUGAUGAAAUCAUAGAAGGUGAAUUGCAUAUUGGAGGACAGGAUCUGGAGAUGAACGGUGUGCUUGUUAUUCCAAGACUGGAGGAUAAAGAAAUGGAUGUGUAUGUGGCAACUCAGCAUUCAACAGAUGUACAGGAAUUAGUGUCUUCAGCUAUAAACCUCCAGUCCAACAAGAUAAUGUGCCACAUGAAGCGUGUUGGUGGAGCCUUUGGGGAGGUUACCAAACCUUCUUUCUUUGCUGUAAUUGCAGCAGUGGCAGCCAACAAGACUGGGCGUCCAAUUCGUUUUGUCCUUGAAAGAGACAUGAAUAUGUUAAUCACUGGUGGAUGGCACCCCUUCUUUGGAAAAUAUAAAGUUGGAUUCAUGAAUGAUGGUAGAAUCAUAGCAGCAGAUUUUCAGUGUUAUAAAAAUGGUGGCUGUACAAAAGAUGAAUCUGAGUUGGUGAUUGAGUAUAUUGUGAUGAAAGUGGAAAAUGCCUACAAUAUUGCCAAUUUUCGCGUCAGAGGCCAUGCCUGUAAGACUAAUUUGCCUUCUAACACUGCUUUCCCGGGAUUUGGGUUUCCCCAAGCAGGUCUGUUUGUGGAGACGUGCAUUGUUGCUGUGGCAACCCAGACUGGCCUACCACAUGAGAAGGUUAGGGAACUAAAUAUGUACAAAGGAGUUAGCCUAACUGCCUUCAAAGAAAAAUUUGAUGCAACAAAUCUGUGGAAAUGUUGGAAAGAAUGUUUGGAGAAGUCUGAAUACUUCAUCAGGAAAGAAAAGGCGGAAGAAUUUAAUGAGAAAAAUUAUCGGAAAAAGAAAGGGAUUGCCAUCAUUCCCAUGAAGUUUUCUGUUGGGUUUAAUGCCGCCUAUUAUCAUCAGGCUGGAGCUCUUGUUCAUAUCUAUAUAGAUGGAUCUGUACUAGUGACUCAUGGUGGAAUUGAACUGGGACAAGGAAUUAACACUAAGAUGGUACAGGUUGUCAGUCGUGAACUGAAGAUACCAUUGUCAUAUAUACACUUCUGUGAAACAAGCACAGCAACUGUACCUAAUAGCAAAUACACAGCAGGUUCAAUUGGAACGGAAAUCAAUGCAAGAGCAGUCCAGGAUGCCUGUCAAAUCCCUUGGAAGCGCCUAGAACCUAUCCGAAGCAAAAAUCCUAAAGGCAAAUGGGAAGACUGGCUCAGUGAAGCUCACAAACAAAGCAUCAAUCUUUCAGCUACUGGCUAUUUCAAGGGUUAUGUUACAAACAUGAACUGGGUCACAAAGAAAGGCCAUGCUUUCCCAUAUUUUCUUUUUGGAGCUGCUUGUUCUGAAGUAGAAGUCAACUGUUUAACAGGAGACCACAAG